AUGCCAGUUACCGCCCUGAAAUACGUUAUCGGCGCCGGGGUGGCCGUCUUUGGUGGAGUGGUGGGCUUCAGCUACACGAACCCCGCCUGGACGCAGCGCAGAUUUGACGCGAGCAAGUGCCCACCGUUGAAGUACGAGACUGUGCCGACGCGCGAAAUAUGCGUGCAAGCGCUGAAGGCGCACAAUUCAGUGACGAACCCGCUUGACGUGCUGAUCAUCGGCGGCGGAUGUGUCGGCGCUGGGUGUGCCCUGGACGCCGUCACGCGCGGCUUGUCUGUAGGCAUGGUGGACAUGGGUGACUACGCUGGUGAGACGAGCAGUCGCAGCACGAAGCUCAUCCAUGGCGGUAUCCGCUACCUGCAGAAGGCUGUUUUUCAGGCAGACCCUAUGCAGCUGAAGCUUGUGGCCGAGGCGCUGCGCGAGCGCACCAUCAUGAUCCACCAGGCUCCACACUUGUGCCACAGCCUGCCAACACUGGUGCCGUGCUAUCACCCGAUCGAUAUUGGCAUGUACUGGUGUGGUGCGAAAAUGUACGACCUCAUGGCCGCGUUCUAUGGUGGCACCCUGGAAUACUCUGGCUUCCUCUUUCCCUACGAGGCAAUGAAAGCUUAUCCGAAGCUGAGGAAGACGGAUCAGGACAACAACGUCCUCCUCGGCGCUGUCCGCUACUAUGACGGACAGAUGAAUGACGCACGACUCUGCUACACGGUGGCCAUGACGGCAGCUUGCUACGGCGCUGCCACGGUGAACUACGCCAGGGUCAAGCAGAUGGAGGUGGUGAAGAACGACAAGGGCGAUGAGUUGGUGCGCACCAUCAUCGAGGACAGCAUCGCGAGGAAGACAGUCCAGGUGUACAGCAAGUCUAUCAUCAACGCGGGUGGCCCCUUCAGCGGCGAGGUCGAGAAGCUUGCAAAGAGUGCCGAAAGGCAGCUCGACAUGUUCCCCGCCUCUGGCACACAUAUCGUGAUUGAUCGCAAGUACUGCCCAAAGGAGCGCGAGGCGAUGGUCGUGCCAUCGAACGACGGCCGUGUCGUCUUUGCCAUACCGUGGCUCGGUGGCUGCCUGCUUGGUACCACAGACCACCAGUGCGACGUGCAGUCCAACCCGCCGACGCCACAGGCGGACGUAGACUUCCUCCUAGACAACAUCAGACCCUUCAUCGGCAACGUGCCGCCGGAGGCAGUGAAGUCCGCGUGGACCGGCAUUCGCCCGCUCGCGAUUCCGAAGGCGCAGAAGCUGAAGGGCGGCGGCACGCAGAACAUCGUGCGCGAGCACGUCAUCGCGGUUGAUCCGAAGUCGCACGCGGUGAGCAUCACCGGCGGGAAGUGGACAACUUACCGUAAGAUGGCAGAGGAGACGGUGGACGAGCUGCAGAGGACUCUCAUGAAAGGCAAGGCCGACUUCAAGCCCUGCUGCACUACGAAUCUGGUGCUCGUGGGUGCGCGGAAUCUUGACAAAGUCGCGCCAACCGCUCCCUUGGGCAUCCCAGAGGACGUGCAUAAACACUGGCGCUCGAACUACGGUGAUCACUACGGCGAGGUGAUGACCGUUGUCGCGAAGGACUCAAAGCUAAUGACGCGCCUGGCGGAAGACUCACCAGUGGUGGAGGCCGAGGUUGUCUAUGCGGCUCAGGGAGAACACUGCGAGCACGUGAUGGACUUCAUCGCUCGCCGCACCCGGAUAGCCUUUGUGAACGUCGCGCAGGCGGAGCAGGUGGUUCCACGUGUGACGGAGCUCAUGGGGCAAGUGAAGGGUUGGGGGAACGCGAAGCGCAAUGCGGAGAGGGCGGCCGCUUACUCUGCCCUCGCAUCCUUCAAGGGCAUGUAG